UAGAGAGAGGCAUUUGUGGGGGCAUGUCUAUGGUUAGUCAACGUUAUGCCAAAGCUAAUAACCCGCAAUGUCCUGAUUAUGAUGAAAGCAAGCCGAAUUCAUGGGUUAUGUAUGAGGAUAUGAAUGCAUUAUAUUCUGGCGCCAUGAUGCAAUAUUUACCAACAGAAAUUUUAGGUAAGGUAGCCCCCGAGGAAAUUCCUAAUAUUUUAGAAAUUCCGAUUGAUGCUGAAGAGGGCUAUUUACUUGAAGUUGAUAUGGAAGUUCCAUUAAACUUGCACGAUUUAUUCAAUGAUUACCCAUUAGCACCUGAAAAAGGUGUUGUACCUAAAAACUGGCUUAGCCCAUAUAAUGAAGACUUGGUAAAUGAUUCGGAAAUUGGCGAAGGAAAAUAUGUAUUAGGAGAAAAGCUACUUCAGACGCUCCUGCCUAAGAAAAAUUAUGUGGUUCAUUACAGAGUCCUCCAACUUUAUAUAAGCCUUGGAUUAAAG